AUGGGAGAUCUACCAAGGGACCGCCUGUCUCCGGGUCGAGCUUUUCUAGCCACAGGUAUAGAUUUCUGUGGUCCAUUUUUGUUAAAAACAGGAUUGAGGAAAAAUUCACCGGUUACUAAAGCCUAUGUGUGUAUAUUUAUUUGUUUUGCGACACAUGCGGUGCAUUUUGAGUUGGUCAGUGAUUUAAGUACCGAUGCUUUCUUACGUGCUUUAAAUCGGUUUUUUGAUAGACGCGGAAAAAGUAAAACUUUGUACUCUGAUAAUGCCUCAAAUUUUAUCGGGUCAAAUCGUCAACUUAAAGAAUGGUAUGAAUUAUCUCAAACUGAAGAACAUCAAAGUAAAAUUAAUAAUAUGUUGUCUGAAAACGAAGUGGAGUGGAAGUUUAUUCCUGCGCGCUCACCGCAUUUUGGGGGUCUGUGGGAAGCUGGAGUAAAGUCGAUGAAAUAUUUAUUACGUAGGGUUUUGGGAGAUGCCCAUUUAUUUUAUGAGGAGCUACUUACUGUAAUUACCAGGGCGGAAGCAUGCUUAAAUAGUCGCCCAUUAACGAUUCUAUCUUCUGAUCCAAGCGACUUGUCUCCUCUCACUCCUGGUCAUUUUCUCAUUGGUAAUUCUUUAACUGCUUUACCUGAACCGGAUCAAACGAACAUAUCAAGUAACCGGUUAACACGUUGGAGGCGUGUUUCUCAAUAUUCUCAAAAUUUAUGGAAGCGCUGGAGUCGGGAGUAUUUAGUGCAGUUGCAGGAGAGAACGAAAUGGGUUGGUGAGAAAGGACCUAAGAUAAAAGUAGGCACCAUUGUGCUUCUCAAGGACGAUAAUAUUCCGGCUUUAAAGUGGUGA